AUUAGUUAGUUAUUAAUUAUUCUUGUAUUAAAUAUCAUUAACUAUCGUUAAAGAAUAUUUGGUCAAACUGUGGUCGCGAGUCAGACGGAGCUCCAAGCUAGCAACCAAACUAGUCAAUCACAAGACGGCGUUGACAUCCUCUUCCCUCCUCUUAGCUCUAUCAUCGACACCUCCAGUGGACGAUUCACCACCACCACCACCACCGCCUCCACCGCUGCCCUCCGCCCUCAUCCCUGCAGCUUCAACUUAUUCUUUAAUCGGCCGGCCACUUAUCACAAAUCACGCGCCAGCCGAGUCCGACUCAUGGUCCUACCCGAGUCGAUCGAUCCUUACGUCGGCUCUGCCUGCUUACGUUGCUCCUGCCCGGUUAUGCUUCCAUAGACUUCAACACCACUGUCCCCAGUCCUGCAUUGAAGCUGCUGCGUAGUCGAUUCUCUUGACAGCUGCUCCUGCCUGGCACCCGUCCUGAGCGUCCGCCGGACUGCUUAGAGCGCCAUGGCCAACGCCUGCCUAGCCUGUCUGACAACCGUCGACCGGUGGUGUCACAUUUCCGACUGCCUGGGACCUCUGGGAGGGCGAUCGAGAGAUGGAAUAUACGAAACAACUCUGCAAGAUAGUGAGCGGGAGGCCGUGGCAGACCUGCUGCAGUUUCUCGAAAAUCGCGCCGAAACCGACUUCUUCUCGGGCGAGCCUCUUCGCGCACUGAGCACCUUGGUAUACUCCGAUAAUGUGGACCUGCAGAGAAGUGCCAGCUUGACAUUUGCCGAAAUCACAGAGCGAGAUGUACGCGAGGUCGACCGUGAUACUCUCGAACCGAUUCUUUCCUUACUGCAGAGCCCCGAUAUAGAAGUCCAGCGAGCUGCAAGUGCAGCUCUGGGAAACCUUGCUGUCAACAAUGAAAACAAAGUUUUGAUCGUGGCACUGGGUGGGCUCAACCCGUUAAUCAAACAAAUGGUGUCGCCCAAUGUCGAAGUACAGUGCAAUGCCGUCGGCUGCAUCACGAAUCUCGCCACCCAUGAAGACAACAAAUCCAAGAUUGCUCGGUCUGGAGCUCUAGGGCCACUCACCAGAUUGGCAAAGUCGAAGGAUAUGCGUGUCCAGCGAAAUGCAACAGGAGCUCUACUCAACAUGACACACUCUGAUGACAACCGUCAGCAGCUAGUCAAUGCGGGCGCGAUUCCAGUGCUGGUUCAGUUACUCUCCUCUCAAGACGUGGACGUCCAAUACUACUGCACAACAGCUCUCAGCAAUAUCGCCGUAGACGCAACCAACCGCAAACGACUUGCACAGACCGAGUCCCGCCUAGUCCAAUCUCUCGUCCAACUGAUGGACUCAUCUACUCCCAAAGUACAAUGCCAAGCAGCGCUUGCACUUCGGAAUCUUGCCUCCGACGAGAAGUAUCAGUUGGAAAUCGUCCGCGCCAAGGGUCUUCCACCGCUUUUGCGCCUCCUUCAAUCCUCAUAUCUUCCCCUCAUACUCUCUGCGGUCGCCUGCAUCCGAAAUAUCUCUAUCCACCCACUCAACGAAUCUCCAAUCAUCGAAGCAAACUUCCUCAAACCACUUGUUGAUCUCCUCGGUUCAAAGGACAGCGAAGAAAUCCAGUGUCACGCGAUCUCGACCCUGCGUAAUUUGGCUGCGAGUUCGGACCGCAACAAAGAGCUUGUUCUCCAAGCCGGCGCGGUACAGAAAUGCAAGGAGCUCGUGCUGUCAGUUCCAGUCAUUGUCCAGUCCGAGAUGACUGCCGCCAUUGCUGUUCUCGCGCUUAGCGAUGACUUGAAACCGCAACUUCUCAGCCUUGGCAUCUUUGACGUGUUGAUUCCUCUUACAGCUUCCGACAGUAUCGAAGUCCAGGGAAAUAGUGCUGCAGCGCUAGGAAAUCUGUCCUCCAAAAUUGGCAACUAUUCAAUCUUUAUCCGCGAUUGGACACAGCCAGAUGACGGAAUUCAUGGAUACCUCACUCGAUUUCUGGAUAGCAGAGAUCCCACAUUCCAGCAUAUUGCUAUUUGGACGCUGCUGCAGCUUUUAGAGUCGGACGACUCGAAGCUCGUCGAACUCAUCUCGAAAUCCGACGAUAUCGUCCAGCUCGUCAAGCGAAUUUCCGACCGGAACAUCGAGUCUGAUGACGAGGAGGCAGACGACGGAGAAGGUGAGGUCGUUGCGCUGGCACGACGUUCUCUCGAACUUCUCGGCCAAGGGCCAAAGCAAACGCUGGUCGAGGGAUAGCUGUCUCCUCCUUCCUCACCGUAUGGAUUAUUCUGCACAUUCUCCUGUGUUUUAUUGUGUCUUUGCAUUUAUUGAUAGCGAUCUUUGACUGAGUCCUGCAGGGUCUUAUCUGUCUGCAGCUUUCCCUUUGCAGGCAUUUCUUAGUGUUGUACUGCAUGUGUGGGCAUGCUAGAACUGCUCGCUGACAUUUGUAAUAAUGAUGAUACCUAUACUUAUACAUUUCAUACAGUUUCAAAUUAAAUUAUUAAUUUAGGUUAUCAAUAUUAUCCAACUAGUCCAGUU